AUGUGCAAGAUCUUGAGCUACGCGCACUCCUGCGGCCACUCCGUCCGCUACCUGCUCUCGCGCUGCCGCGGAACCUACGGCAAGCCGAAGCGUCGGGCCACAUACAGCAAGGUCGCGUGUCUGGCGGUCGAUUACCUCACUAUCGCGUCGCACAACCCCUGCGGACCAUGUCAAAAUUUGAGAUUUGAAAAGAACUGGCAAGCUCGCCUAGACGUCGGACGAACCCUCCAGCGCGAACUCGAGAGCCGGGGACUGGACAAGAAUCACAUCGCCGAGAGGAAGCUGGCGGAGCUCGAGGAGCAGUACCUCGUCGAGUCGUGGACGAGUCGCCAGCGGUUUCCGCCGAUGGAGAAGCCGGGCUAUGACAAGCCGUGCCUGAACCCGAGAGUCGCGAAGAUGUCGCCGCUGAGGGAGGAGCUGAGGCCGGAAGAUGUGGAGAGUGAGGUGGAGGAGACGGAUGAAGAGCCAUUGAAGCAGUUUGGCGGCACGUUUCAGGCUUUCUUCUUUGAUCAGUACGGCCUCUGGGGACCUGAAAUUGACGAUUUGGCAGCACCAGAGGAACAGCAGAUUGAGCUGAUCAAGGACGAGCCCUCCGACUCUGCUCUAAAUUGUUCACAGGAAUCAGGUUGGGACGGUUGGGGUGGAGGCGGUGACGACCAAGGCAAUGCGAAUGCCUGGAGCGACGCUGCACUGGACUCAGUGAGUCCGGAAAUACCAGUAGAGGAAGAGGAGGAGCCCGAUGAUCUCUGGGAUUGGUCAACUUCUCUCACUCCUUUGGAACAGGAAUCGGAUGGUCAGCCAGAGCUAGAGACGGAUGGCGAUGUGCUCUACUUCUACAAAUACGUUCCGCCGAUGUUCAAUGCGGACUCGCUGGAGGAACAGAUCAUGCUCAAGGAGCAUGCCGCUAAAGCUAAAGAGCCUACUCCACAACCAGAUCCAGAUUGGGACUCAACAAACGGAGAGCCUGAACGAUACGUGAGCUUGCUGGGCCACCUCAAACAGUACGAAAGCAGUGAGUCACCACCAGAGUCAGAACCAGAGCCAUCACCAGAGCCAUCACCAGAGCCAUCACCAGAGCCAUCACCAGAGCCAUCGCCAGAACUAGACCAAGAACAAGAGACAGAGCUAGGAGAAGAAGCAGAGUCAAAAGACAACCGAGCGCUCUCAAACGACAUCCCACCGCCGUCGGAUGUACUCCUGGACACGAAGAAACUAGCCGCGACCACCAACGCUGAGAGCAACGCUGAGAGCAACGCAUUCUCCAACCAGACAAUCAGCCACGAAAAUGCCAAUAGCCCACGCGACUCCGAUGCCAACGGUGUACACAAAGACCGCAUCCUCCGCCAAACACUCAGCGACGAGACCGACGAAUUCAAGACCAACGGCGCGCCCUCAGACAUCUCCAACACCCCAGCCAUCCACGAGAACAGCAGCCCUCACAGCUCCAAGGCCAACGGUGUGCUCCACGACGAUAUCGGCAGCCAAGCGCCGCGCAACCCGUCAGACGACCUCUCCAGCUCCUUUCCUCCAAGCAGCCCAGGCUCCCACCCCGCCAACCCCGAACCGCACUGCCCUUCUACCACCACGUCCGCUUCGGCAGCCCUCGACACCCCCCUCGCCUCCGAAUCCAUCCCCCCGGCCUCCCGCCCCCGCGGCGCUCAGCCCCCCGCCGGCUCCCUCGCCUGCAAACACCCGCCCACCGCCUUCGACUACGCCGUGAGAUACAACAUCUCGCCCACCAACUACCUCGCCGAGCGGCGGCGCGCGGUCAUAGAGGCGGAGAAGAGCAAGUUCGGCGAGUCGAAUAUCGAGGCGCCGCGGGCGGUGGGCAAGGGGGCGGAGAUUGCAUUAGCGGAGGGUGGUAAGAUGGGGUGUGUUGAGACGGCGAAGGGGGUAGGGGAGGGAAGCGAGGGGCAGCAGGGGGGGAAGGGUGAAGAGGUUGAUAUGGGCAGGGAGAGCGAGAGGGACGAGGAGAGCGAGAAGCAGAGGCGGCGGGCGGGGAGGUUGGAUGUGAGGGAUGUGGAGUGGUAG